GAAAGGUUUUGAAAUGUCCGAACAGCUUCUACAGACUCCAACAUGGAGUCUCUGGAAGGGACACGAGAACACAAACUGAAUGACCUUCUCUUUGUCACUUUGAUCAACAACUUAUUGUAAAAAAAUAUAAAUGCAACACACUUGCAAUUCCCAUCUGACUAAAUAGUAAUUAUUUUUCUGUGAAUCCUCCUGAUCUCCAUGGGCUUGUGUCAACGGUAGCCACACAUAUUCCCAGUGGGGGAAGUACAGAGACGCAUAUUGACUCACAGAGAUAAGAGGAAGCACAUAGAGGCAAAGUCCAACAUGGAAAACAGUCUAGAUUUUGUGUGUAUUUCCAACAAAACCUGUCUAAAGAUACAUUAAAAUAAAAUAUGUUGUGUUGUUUCUGAGAAUAUUUCAGAGGGUGUUUGCAGACAGACUUCAUGUUUAUGUGUAAACAACCCAAAAGUGAGCGGCAGAGUUGUAUUGAAUGUAGAGAUAUAUAAGCUUUAAGUCAACAUUGUCUUAGAGCACCAGCCCAGCUCUAUUAAUCUUCACCUGCAUGGAGCUUAUUUAUUAAGAAAUGGCCACAGAAUAAUGAUGAGGGUGGGUAAUUAGUAACUAGCAAAGGAGGAACCCUCUUUAUAUUCGCAGCAGAAGCUGGUUCCCAGCGAGAGACUGGCCGAUUGCAGAAGAAGCAGGAAGGAAUUUAGAAAAGAAAGAAAGCUUUUGGAAUGUUUGGAGAACAGGGCUCAGGCUGGAAAAUUGACAGCUUGUGAGGACGUUCUGCCUCCUGUGGGUCUUCAGGAUGCAGAGGGGGAAUUAGCGAGUUCAGAGGUCAGGGCUUUGUUAAAUUUUAGCCACAAGAUAGUUACUCAUCUGUCUGCUUGGAGCCUGCCACGAAGAGGGAUCUACUUACUGAAGGAGCCGGUCCACUUCAGCCCGCAUCUUGACGGCCUCUUCUGGCGGAAGCUUUUCCAGAUCUCGGAAUAUAGGCGGUGGAAAGUCCAUCUCCCCCUCCUCAGAACUCUCCCCGUCCACCUUCUCUCCCCUCUCUGCGCUGCCUUUGGCCCGCUCCUGCUCCAGCUCCCCCAGGGCCUGCACCAGGACAUCCUGGGACAGGCCAGACUCCAGCAGGGCCCAGAUCAGCUGCUGCUGAAGGGCAGUGAGCCGACCGGGCCUCAUCAUGGUGGCCCUGGCCCUGCUGUCUCCCUCCAUGACUCCGGUGCCUUACCUGCUGCUGAGCGCCUGCCGAACAAACAGACGACACUCUCCGCCGAUAACCAGAUGGGCAACGCUGGGCCCGAGCUAUAUUUAUAGUCCUUCAGAGUGAGAUCAGUGAUUCUUUCAUUUUUCUUUUGCUGAGUUUCUCCGCCAUGUCCUGGAAGGUUUGGCUCUCCACCUGCUUUUUUGCUUUGGGUGGACAAUUUUCUUUUUUUUGCCUUCCUCCUCUUCACCCCCUCCUCCUUACAUGUGCCUUGUGAACUUUGUCCCUUCUCCCUUGGUCCCUAACAGUGGCUAAAGUGCAAUUCUGGAACAACAAUAAAUAUACCUGGGGCUGGGUGCUUUCACGGCCCGCAGAUGCCCACGCUUUGUUUAAACUACAAAAGCGGUUCGAAAGGCGAAGUAAGGGGUCUGACUUUUGAGCUCAUUUUUGGGGAUUUUUGCCAAACAUCGAGCCAUUUACUUUCACAAGCUAACAAUGUUGCAAAUCAUUUAUGAAGCAAAUUCAAACUAUGUUUUAUCUGAAAUGCCUCAGACAAACAGAUUUUAACGUUUUAUAAAAAUGUUCGACGUCAUGUUUGUCUGUAGAUGGCGCUGUUGUAUUCCUUUUGUCGCACGCUCAACUGAUAAAUAGUUCUGAUUCACUUGACCUAUAGAUGUUUUAACCUGGAAAAGAUGUUUAAAACUCUGGUAGUCACUUCACUGUGGCCUGAUAAGAAAAAAGCAAUAGCGUUACCCUAGGAGUUUUUGAAUACGACACUCAUUCCUCAUUGUGUUUUGUGGUUUCUGAACUACAGCCACUUCAAAUGUAUUUUUGUGCUGUUAAUGCUUUCAUUUUUUUAUUCCAUAUAAACAGCUUUGCGAGCCCUGCUCCUUAAGAUCGCACUGAAUGUAUUUAGAAUAGAAUGGAAGGAAAUAAAUAUACUUCUAUUUUAUUUUAUCACAAAGGUAAUGUGCCAGUUUUGUUAGAACAUGUUUUGGUUAUGACGUGUAUAAACAAGACAGAUUAUUUUUUUUCCGCCUCUAAAAUCUUGACUCAGAUUAUUGACAAACAAAAAUGUGUGCUGUCUGCACUUUAUCAAUUAGUGAACUCUUGGCUGAUGAUGAUCUACUAAAAUGUUUUCCGUUUCUUUCAUCAUUGAUCUGUUUUUGGUACCGAUUUAAAUGAGAAGAGUUACUCCAGUGAAGUUCCAUUCUCAAUAUUGACCUCUGGAUGUCGCCAACAAACAAAUAAUAAGAUUUUCUGCCCGCGUGGGACCAUAAAACGGAUCAUAGAACAACAAACUGUCUAAAAAUUUCUAGUUAGAGUGUGCAAUUUUGCCCCUUAACAUGUCUAUGUAUCGUAUACAACACCUUGUUCCAGGGCCAAACCCAGGUCCUCAGUUAAUUUGAAUUGGAACCACAAGUAAGUGUAUGACGUAUGUGGACUUUUCUUUCUUCUUUGUUUUGGCUGUUUUGGAUGUUUCAAUAUUGCUAGAAUAAAACAAAAUACAUACUGAACAUUACAUACUUUCAUAUAAAAGUUGAGAAUAAUUGUGUAGUGGUUUGUGCAGCGAACUCAAAUUCCUCAAAUGCAUCUGCUCCACACUUCCUCAAAUUUGCCUGCUCUUUUGGUAGACUUUAUCUGAUGGAAACAUGUAGCCUAUGCUGACCACAACAAAGUUGUCCAUUGUUGUAAACCCUCUUGACCACUGUCAUAAUACAGCUGCCAUUGUGGGUGUUUACCAAUGCAGUAGUUUGUAACUAGCAGAAAAAAACCUCAAUAUGUGUCUGUGGUCAAAUCCAGCUGCUUACUCUUGGUGGAACAAGGGUCAUUCACAAGGUCAUAAUCAGUUAUGCCGAAACACAUGGCUGAUUUUGAACUAGUCAAACACUUGUGACGGAAGCUUCUUUCAAAAAUGACGAUACGACCAGCUGCAUAAAACACCGCCAACAAGUGGGUGGAAGUAGUUUAGUCAAGUUGACAAAAUUUCCAUGUUGUGGCUUGAAGUUUCUAUGCUGGUCUGUGUUGGACCACCCAACUCCAUCUGUGUCAGAGAGCUCUGGUGAGAACAGGACGAGGUGGGAGGACCAAGUGGGCAAAAGGGCAGCGCAAAUGGGAGCGAAGCUUGGAGCCUUCAUGUCGUCCUUUAUCUUGCCUUCCUCUUUCUCCCCCAAACUCACUUUCUGCUCCUGGAUCACCUUAUACCGCUCUCAGGUUGAGCCUAUCAGCACCUUUUUGUGUGGAGCUCGUGUUACUCCACCCCACCCUUGGGAAGAUGGCAUUAUACUGUAUUUGGAAGGGUAACAGAGCUCCCUCUAUCUCCCUGAGACAUGCCACUGACCUGUAAUUAAGUCCCAUUGUGCUAUUCAGAGGAAAACUCCUCACCAAAGCGGACAGAGGGCAGUGUGUGCGCACUUCCAAAAGCUCUGCUGUGACUAAUGCUCCGCCACACAGGCCCGGUUUAUCAAAACGGACCACAUGCAGCACACGCUGGAGUUAGCUUUUCUCCAUCCAGCGAGCUCAAAGCUACCUUGAUUAGUAAUGAGAUACAGUCCACUCUCUCGGCCUCUCAUUAGUGAGCCAUUGCCGCUCGUGUUCUCACCGCUCGCCCGCUCUGUCUCGGUCUAGAAAGGCUACUGCGGCCCACCCCCUCCCCAUCCAGGCCAUUCAACCCCAUUGAUCAUGCAUGCAGAAAUUUAACACACCCCUUAAUUCCUGUCCAAAUAGCUCUUGUCCAACUUCCAGAGAUUCAUCUGUUCGUCUGGGGAGGAUAGCAGAUAGUAGCCGGGACGUUUUUAGGAUCACACGCCGUGGACCUCUUUGUUUCCUUUCAGUGUUUUGCUCUCAUUUUGUAAUCUGAGUCCACCAGGUUUAGUAUAGUGGCUAAACUUUAAACUGAGAUUUUGCAAUGCAAAGAUAUUGUGGAAAAGACAUUAUUAUAUCUGUAUUAUACUUUUUUCUUCAACAACUUUUUUACCGACUAACUACAGUCAACUAUGGUGUCAAGGCAUAGCAAAGUGAAAAAUAGCAUUAACAAUAUAAACAGAAUAUAAAGGCAAGUAUUUCACUGCCUUUAUAGUCUUAUAUUCACUACUUUCAGUGGCAGGUGUUCCAUGUUGAGGGAGACUGUUGUGGAUUGUAACCUGGACCCCUCUUGAAGUUCACCCUCAUAAAUUCAUUUUUGCAUUCAUUCAUUUUUUUUUUUUUACCAUCUUAGCUUGACGUUUCUCUCAGUAAUGUUGAAGUCUUUCGGUGGUUUUGCAGUCAGACCCCACUAAGCCUCAUCACCUACAACCUUUUGAACACUGAAAUAUUAUUUCCUCUUCAGCCGAGUGUAAAAACAAUAAAUAAAGUAAGAUAAAAGUGUCAGUCAAUGGUAGCACAGGUAUGAAGCAUUCAAAGACGAGUGGCACUUCAACCACUACUACUGUCUUUGGCUCUCAAUGUGGUGGAGCCUUCUCCACACCCAGCAGAAGUCAAGGCCGUCAUUGUCUUUGAAUUGCUAUUGGUUGGUCUUAGCGUUGGUCACAUGUUGAGUCAGUCUUGAGAAGAUUAGCUUGAGCUGGCUUUGCUGCUAAUUAAAUACUUAAAGCCCAGCAGUGAAUGAGAACAAGAACACAAACCUGCUGUUAUUGCGUAAGCCGCAUCGCGGUGUGGGAGGUGUAUUAGAGGAGCUGCUGACUCAAACGCUUCCAAUACCUGCUCUCAUUAGGAAAUCACUCAGAAAGGCUGGACAAUGCCAGCAUUGAUGGUCGGCCUCGGGUUGUAAUGAUCAGUAAACAUCGGCGAUUCCUCAGAGGAGGAAAAGCACCAUGAGGUCCUGGUGCAACAGACCGUGGAGUGUCCGCUCACUUCCUGAGACAAACUAUGACGGAGUGAGCCGCGAGGCAGGACACGAGUACGUUGACUGGAGUACGUCUUCAGACACUGAUACUCCUCCAUGAACUGAAGCUACCCUUUUAUUCCUGCAUUUUUAUUCACACUUUGAAGUUGUAGACAACUAAUUGGGGCUUACUUGUGUUAUCUUGAUGUAAACAUGAUGCUAGUCACAGCAUCAUGUUCAUGUCUACGCUCUACUUUGCUUUAAAAUUCAACCGGAACUUUGAGGUGCACUUGUUAGUCUUUCUCUGACCUGGAUGGGGAUUUACCGCAAGUGAAUGAGAGUUAGUCAGAAUGUCACCGGAAGUUGAUGGUUGUUUCAGAAUAAAGGUAUUGGUCACAAAAGCUGUUUUUAUCUUUCUGCCGUUCUGUGGAAUUUACUUGAACAAACAUGGAGCUAAAUCAGUUGAGACGUCUGUCCAGUGUGAGAGUUAAACAUUAAGUUCGCUGUAAUCCCAUCACUUUAUGAUUUCUUUUAUUAUUUCAUGAGUGUUAUGAAGAAAAUUAAUCAGUUGAAGGUUCAGAAUUGAGACGCAACAUUAGAAUCCAUGACAAAAUUCUAGAUCCUCACAGAGACAUGGUCCCUUUUUGGUUAUUGACAUAUUGCACCAGUGCAUGGGAGCGGAUUUUUAAAACAUUUCUUUACCGCUGAAACGUGCAGAAGCAUUUGCCUUUCAUUUAUAUAUUUGGCUGGUACAAAAUAACUGACAGUUGUUCAAUAAUUCCUCAGACAUCUGAGUGUAUAUCCUCAUCCUGACUAACUGUCCGGAGUGUUUUUUAAUAAUAUUUGUAACUUACUAUUAUAAUGUUUAAAGUUUGAAAAUGGUAAUCUGGACUAGGAAAACUUUUUAGUUUAAUCAGUAUAAAUAUACAUUUUGCUCCGAAAUGGUUUGACUCUUAUUCUGGAAGUCCAAAGCGGAACCGGCGCUCUCGCUCAGCGCUGGCGGAACGCCGGCGCAGCGUCUCGCUCCCGCGGAUGAUAGAGAAAAGACCGUGCGGAGAGGAGAAGGGGCGGAGUCUCUCCAAACCCGGCUCUGGCCCGCACCCCUCUCUGUCACCCCGGGCCAAACCCGCCCAGAUCCUUACUCACUCUCCACACGCCACGGCACCGGCGCGCACACACACACACUCACUCACACACACUCACACACACACACGGCCCGGACUCGGCAUGGAGACAGAAGGGAGCCAGAGCAGCUUGUCCACCACGGACUCCCCUCACGACCCCUGCAAAAUGUUCAUCGGUGGCCUGAGCUGGCAGACGACACAAGAGGGUCUGAAGGAGUACUUCUGCAAGUACGGCGAGGUGAAGGAGUGUAUGGUGAUGCGAGAUCCGGUUACUAAGCGCUCGAGAGGGUUCGGCUUCGUCACCUUUGUUGACCAGGCCGGCGUGGACAAAGUUCUGGCCCAAACCAGACACGAGUUGGACUCCAAAACAAUCGACCCAAAGGUUGCAUUCCCUCGCAGAGCUCAACCCAAGUUAGUGACUCGCACCAAGAAGAUCUUCGUAGGAGGCCUGUCAGUCAACACGACCAUAGAGGAUGUCAAGGCCUACUUCGACCAGUUUGGAAAGGUCGACGAUGCCAUGCUCAUGUUCGACAAGACCACCAACAGACACAGAGGGUUCGGCUUUGUGACGUUCGAGAACGAGGAUGUGGUGGAGAAGGUGUGUGAGAUCCAUUUCCAUGAGAUCAACAACAAAAUGGUGGAGUGUAAGAAAGCUCAACCCAAGGAGGUGAUGUCCCCCACAGGCUCAGCCAGGGGGCGCUCUCGAGUGAUGCCCUAUGGAAUGGAUGCCUUCAUGCUGGGCAUCGGGAUGUUGGGUUACCCAGGCUUCCAGACGGCCACCUACACCAGCAGGAGCUACGCGGGCAUCACUCCUGGAUACACCUACCAGUUCCCCGAGUUCCACUUAGAGAGGACUCCCCUUCUGACUUCACCCCACCCCCCUGAGCUCACAGCCAUUCCUCUCACGGCGUACGGACCUAUGGCUGCGGCGGCGGCGGCAGCAGCGGUCGUCAGAGGCUCCACCCAAUCUCGCUCUGCUGGAUUUUUAGGCACAAGCAGUCCGGGCCCCAUGGCAGAUCUGUACGGCACAGCUGGUCAGGAGUCCGCCGUCAGCAGCUACCUGAGUGCCGCCAGCCCGGCCCCGAGCACGGGAUUCAGCCACAGUCUGGGGGGUCCUUUGAUCGCCACAGCCUUCACUAACGGCUAUCACUGAGACGGGCUUCAGUCUGAGACCUUCAGAGCCUGUCUCUGUCCCGCCCUCCUGUCCAGCAGGGGCGCUGCUGGACACUCUUCCCCCUCCUGGUUUCAACCUAAACCCAACUGAGUCGACUGACGCCACACUAAACUCUGAAGAAAAUAUUCACAAAAAAGGAGAAACGGCGUAUCAUGACAUGUACUAGCGACACGUUCAGAUGCUGUAUUUUUUAGUGUUUUUUUUUUUUGUUUGUUUGUUCCGUUUCUCUUUGGCUGCGUCGUUUCUUGAUCUGCUGUGUUUGAUUCGGGUCACUGAACCCAGAUGUCUCCAUCCGGAGCUGUAAUUUGUACUGGAAGACUGUAUAUUGACUUUAGUUCAUACUGAAUUUUAACAAUUCAUUUGUGAAAAAUGCUAUUUCUCGACGAUGAGUCGGGAAGUGUAUAUCUUGGUAGGUUUUUAACAAGUUGUCACUUAAAACCAAGAAAAAAAAGACCAUUAGUCCCAGUUACAUACAUGAGCUGUACAAUUUUGUAAAAUAUUGUAAAUAUGACUUUUGUUCGAGGGCUUUUGGGAUGGGAGGAUUUUGGACAGUCAACAAUCAGGAACGUGAAGAUGUGUGUCGCCCUGUGUGUGGCGGACAGUGAUGCUAACUCGGUCUCGUGGCUCUGUCUGAAUUUAACACUUUAUAUUUUGUGGGGGGGUCAAGGGUUCGAAAACACUUCUCACGUUCAGGAGAAGAAAAAAAAAAAGAUGUUUUCUUACGUUGUUGUUUUAACUGUGAUUUUCAAUAUGUGAUGAUUGUGUGAGGGAAAUGAAGGAGUGGCAGUCGCCAUGGUGACGGCUGCUGAUGUUUGACUUUACGCAUUGGUUUACAAUGUGCUGUUUUCGGGGUGACUGCACCUCAGCUGCAAAUGUGAAAUUAUGAAUUAGAUCUUUUUUUUUGUAUCACAUUAACAUCUAUAUAAAAGAAUGAAGGGCGAGACUUCAGCGGGGACAUUAACCCCCCCACCCCCACCCUCCAUUCGAUGCUGAAUAUCCACUGGAGCUCACAGACUGUAGCACUGUGAUGAGUUAUUUUAGACCAAAAGCUUUUAUUUUGAAGGACGUUGCACUGGCUGACCAGAUUGAAGUGUUGACCAUCGACAACCAAGCACUCGCCGUCGACGAGCUAGCAGGUUAACUGACUGAGUUCACUGAAAAAUAACAUUCUCCACACUGUAACUAUUUCUCACUCUAGUUUUCUGUCAUCUGUAUUUUUUUGGGAAAACAACUUUUUAAAAUUCCUAAUAAAUUAUUCUAAAA